AACCGGUCUGUAUUCAUGCGCUGGCAAAAUGACCGUACUUUCAAUGGUUCCGAAUGAUACGCCAUUACUGCCCGCGAAAGUCAUCGAUGUACCGAAAGAUGUACUGCGAAACUUCCCGCACUCGAAAAAGGUCGGGAACUACCUUCUUGGCAACACGCUCGGCGAGGGAUCAUUCGCAAAGGUUAAGGAAGCCCUCCAUAUCCCUACUGGGGAAAGGGUGGCCGUGAAAAUAAUCGACAAGAAGAAAAGUCGCGAGGACUCCUAUGUUCGGAAAAACUUACGGAGGGAGGGGAAAAUCCUGCAGAUGGUUCGCCACUCGAACAUUGUACAAUUACUUGAGAUUAUGGAGACGCAGAACAGCUACUAUCUCGUAACCGAGCUGUGCAGAGGCGGGGACUUGAUGGACUAUAUUUCGCAACGACGAAAAUUGCCGGAACCGGAAGUUAAGAAAUACAUUCGCCAAAUUGUGUCUGCUGUGGACUACUUACAUCGGCUGGGAAUUUUGCACAGGGAUCUGAAAAUAGAAAAUCUUCUAAUGAACGAGUUCAAGGACAUGAAAAUAAUCGAUUUCGGUCUGAGUAACUGUGUGAAGCUCGUACCCACGAAAGACGGACCGAGAAUUCAGGAUUACUGUGUCACUCAAUGCGGCAGUCCAGCAUACGCAGCGCCGGAACUGCUCGGCCGCCGGAAGUACGGACCGCAGGUGGACAUCUGGAGCAUUGGCGUGAACAUGUACGCCAUGUUGACUGGGAACCUUCCUUUCACCGUGGAGCCAUUCAACAUCAAAAUUCUCCACCAGAAAAUGAUAACUGGGCAGAUGAACCCACUUCCUGAUGGGAUAACUAGAGACUGCCGUGACCUCAUUAAGAAAUUACUUAAUCCCGACCCCGACAGGCGAAUCACGAUGGAAGAAGUUUUGCGGCAUGCGUGGAUCGCAGAAGGACCCGGAUGUCCGCUACCAAGAGCUCAUUGCCCCAACAAGAUGAAAACAGAUGACAUCGAUAACAGUAUUAUACGUCAUAUGAGUGAAAAUCAGGGAUUUAGAAUAGGGGAGGUAAUCCGUUAUGUUACCGGAAAUGUGCCGAGCAGUGCAACCGCAAUGUAUUACCUUAUAAACCGGAAGUUGCAGAAACAUUAUGGGCACCUGCGCGCGAGCGGGAAAAUUGCAGCCGACAAUCGACUUGCAGCCGGAAAUAGGAAUUCAAUCAGGAAUUACCAUCUAAUAGAAUCGAGACCUGGUACCAGUCUUCAACGGAAAACGCCCGUUCCCGCUGCUUCGAAUGUCGUGACGUCACCAUCUGGCAGCCCCAUCCGGACCCCUGUGACGUCACCAGUCAAGGUCAGGGACACGGUCGCGAGUCAAAUCGAAGCCGAAAGCACCGGCGGGAGCAGUAAAGACACCGAAUGUGAGAAAUCAGGAUAUUUACGCAACUACCACCGGCGAAGAAUCCUUGUCCGGAAAAAUGCAGCUGAUGACGCUUUCUCAGAUAUUAUGCAGACAAAGGGAACCAACGACAUAUUGAAGAUUGCCAGAGUUCAAUCGCCCAUCAAGAAGCCGAAAAACGAAGAGGCUAAUGAUAAUCAGCAUGUCGAUGAGGAAUUGAAUCAAAAUGUGUUGCCAAAGGUUGCAAACAAGUACAUGACGAAUGGUCUAAAUUCCGCGACUUCAAGUUCCCCAAAUCCUGCGCUUGCAGCCAGUGAGGCUGUUGAAAUUGACGAGACAGAUGUUCACCUAGAUACCAGUAUUCAGCAUAAACCUUGGAAGGGCUCGGCAACGAACGCUGUUAAUGAAAGCGAUGAACCAUUUCGACCACGAGCGUCAACUUUUCCAGGAAAAGUCCAGCGCCCAAAUGUUAAAGUAGAAAAAACAUUACCACACCCAAUCACCAUUGAUAGCGGUGAGAAUAAAACAGUGAUCUCACCUCGAAGUAGAUUAUACAGGCCCCAUAGAGAAAAUAUCGGCUCUUCUCCUAUUCCUGUAAGUAGGAGGGGGAGCGUACCAAACAGGGACCAUUUACAGUCUCCGACGCAUAUGAUAACAGGGACUAGCUCCAAUAAAAUUCAAUUCAGAAAACAAUCUGGCAUUCAACGAAGGAUCGCCCAUGUACAGAAAAUCAAGGAAUUACAGGAUGAAUCGCAUGAUUUAAUUCAAGACGAGCUCACAGGAGGCACAGGCAAACAUUUAGUAUCGCGAAAAACUAUGACAAAUCGUUUUGUAAGGUUGUCAAGAAACGCUCCUAAUUUUAACCGUAAAGACAAUUCAUCGGUUGUUCAGCAUUUGACUGAAUUAAACCACGCCCACACACCUCGUCCAUACACCUCACUGAAUGUCCCUGUCAGUAACAACGUUCGAUCUGCUACGCCGAUGUUGCCAUCUUUGACGCCUUCCAUUGAAACAAUCAAACGGUAGCCAGAUACUGGAACUGUGAAUGUUUUGAGUGGAUUAUGAAUUCUACUUUAUUACAAUUAUUGAUGUUCUUUUUACUUUUUACUUUAAAAUAAUUUAGUUCAUAAUUGUGAACAAUAUGUUUUCACUAUCAUGUUACGGUUCUUGCGAAACAUAAUUUGCUACUUGACGACUUAUUUUUAUGUCAAUUUUAGUCGCCAUCGAGGUGUGUGUAUCAACAGGUCCAGAGGAUGCCGCGAGUCUUUUAAUGGUAUCUAAUACUGGUAUUCUAUGCUAAGGCUUGGAUUUCAUCCCUGACGCACAUUUCUUGCUAAUACUAGAACAUGUAAAUGCGUUAACGUAACCGUAUGAGUUGGUUUAACCAACGUUCUAUGAAAUACUUUUGUAGACCGUAUCCAAGGGACUUGGUCUAAUUGUAAAGUUAUGAAUUCUUUAAAUUGACGAAACAUUUCAUAUUCCAACUUAUACUGUUUUUCAAAUUUAUGAACCCAUAACUUGGCAUAGUAAUGUGUUAAGAAGCUCGAGGAUGUUAAACGAUAUUAAC